AGGAAUAUAUUAGGUUUGGGAAUAGUCAUUUGUCCGCUGACUGAAUGCUUAUUGCUCCCCAUUGCAGUGAAAGUGGAGAUGAGCUGAGGAAUGAAUUUCUGUUCAACUUCGGCGUUCAUCACAGUUUAGCUUUCACCUUUCCUUCAUCUCUCAAAACCUUCUCCACAGCCUCAACCCCUGCUCUCGCAACGACUUCAUCUUGCGCAGGUGUGCCCUAUUCCCACAAUGAGUAAAUCUCAUACUCUCUCAAGCUAGAUGAGAGUCCGAUAAGAAAUAUAAAAACAUACCGUACUAACACCCACCGCGCCCACAACCCGCCCUUCCCCAUCCACCACCGGCAAACCCCCACCAAUGGUCACAAACCGGCCCCCAUUGCUCGUCCCCAACCCAAAAGCUGGACCACCAGGCCAAACAGCUUCUUUAUACAUAUGAGUUCCUAUUCUGUGGCCAGCAGCCGUAAAAGCUUUGUCGAUUGCUAUGUUUAUGGAUGUGAUUUUGGCAUUGGGCAUCCGGGAGAAAGCGACGAGGUGGGUGGAAGCGUCUACUAUGGCUAUGUUCAUGUCGAUUCCUAAACUCGUGGCUUUGGCUUCGCUGGCUGCGAGUGCGAUGCGGGCGCCUUUGAGGCUGAGUUGAGGGGGAGAUCUUGUGGUCAUGAUUGGGUUUUUGGAUUGUAGUUUUGAUGUUCUUUGGGCGGUGGUGAGGUUAUUUGGUGAAGCCAUGGCAGCAUGGUUGGCGGGAAGUGUCGAAUUCGGAGUUUGCUUCAUGUGGUUAUCUCCGAAUCGGAGAUAUUAAUCGGCAUUUGAAAUUCACUACAUGUAGAACUAGUCACUUCUGCACUGACUGGAGUGGUAUUAUAAUUGGAUAAUUCAACAACUGAUGAUACCAGAGAGAUUCUCGUUCCCCAUUAGCUUGGCCAGAGGUUUGUCAGCUCUCCGAUGUCAUACUUCCCCUCAUUUCAAAACCAGCACAAUAAAUUACUGCUCAGCGCCUUACAAGUGGAGAAAGAAUCCUAUUCUACAAAACUAGGCACUAGGAAACCUGAGCUUUCUAAUUAUCACUAAAAGUACGUACAACAAACACGUUACUAUCACACUCUACGACUAACAACCUAAUUCUGGCUGCUCUCCUGGCUCUCAACCAUGGACUCCUCAAUCACCCCUUUCAAAAUCUCCAUCUCAGAUGCAGAAAUCUCCUCUCUCAAGUCCAAACUCUCCGCCUCAACCUUCCCAGAUGAGGUGGAUUUCUCCAAUAACUGGGACUAUGGCACCCCUCUCAACGACAUGAAACGUCUCGCUAAGUACUGGCGGGAUGGAUUCGACUGGCGUGCCCACGAGAAAGUAUUGAACCAAAUGCCUCAAUUCACGACCAAAAUUGAGGUCGAUGGAUUUGGAGAACUCGAUAUACAUUUCGUGCAUCAGAAGGGUGAGGAAGGGAGUAUACCCUUGUUGUUUUGCCAUGGUUGUGAGUUUUCCUUUUUGAAAAUGGAAAUGGUUUCUUCGAGGCUAACAUUAUUUCCCGUCAGGGCCGGGGAGUUUCAUCGAAGUGAAGAAGAUGAUUUCCUUGCUCACCAAAAGUGGAAAUGGGCAAUCUUUCCAUGUUGUUGCCCCUUCACUUCCUGGCUUCGGAUUCUCAGAUGCACCAAAGAAAGCUGGGUUUGGAGUUCCGCAGUAUGCUGAAGCAAUCCAUAAGCUCAUGUUGAAGCUUGGAUAUAAUAAAUAUGGUUAGUCUCUCUAUGACAAAAGUUUGAUAUCGUUGUAUCUUACCGACUUCUGACAAAAGGCAGUUUCCCAGGGCGGUGAUUGGGGCUGGGCAAUAACUAGAACUCUCGGCGUCAGGUAUCCAACUCAUUGCGUCGCAUCGCAUGUCAAUUUCGUACUAAUCGGUCCCACUCAACUCGACGAAGUCCUCAAAAACAUGUCCCAACCUCUUACUCCACAAGAAGAAGAGGGCCUAGCAAGGACACGCUGGUUCUUCACAGAAGGCGUCGGAUACAACACCCUCCAAUGCACACGUCCCAACACCCUAGCCUUCGCACUCCGAGACUCCCCAAUCGCACUCCUAUCCUGGAUCUACGAAAAGCUUCACGACUGGACAGAUUCCUAUCCAUGGACGGACGAUGAAAUCCUCACCUGGAUCUCCAUCUACCAGUUCUCCAAGGCUGGUCCGGGGGCUAGUGUCAUGAUCUACUACCACUCGACACAUCUUUAUCAAGAGGAACGGAAGAAGCUUUCUGGUUACGUUGAAUGCGUCAAGCUUGGUUUGAGUUAUUUCCCUAAGGAUUUGUGUGUGCCUCCUUCUGUUUAUGGACGGGGGCUGGGUGAGGUGGUGUUUGAGAAGAGACAUGAGGAUGGUGGUCAUUUUGCGGCUUAUGAGAGGCCUGAGCUUUUGGCUGGGGAUUUGAAGGAGAUGUUUAGAGCUGAUGGUGGUGUUGGGAAUUUGUUGAGUAAGAUUUAGUUUGAGC